ACAUAAAAUGAUAAAUGUUAGGUACCUAUUGACUAAUGAAUAAUGAUAAGUUGUUUUUAAAUUUCAUUGAUCAUUAGAGUAAAAGUGUUCUGUGAUCAUCUCGAAAUAGGAUUUUAUGCAACAAUUAGAAAUUGUUAUAAUAAAAUUAUUGAAGUACUCAUUCCAAAAUGAAAGCAGUUUUAAUUUUUGAUUGUGUUAAUGAUCUACUUUUUUCUAAAUGGGAUGAAGAAUUCCUUUGUCGAAUGAAAUCCCUUAGCGGCCUGGAGAGUAAUGAAAACUUAACAGACAGUCAUCAUGUAGCUCAACUUCUCUCACCAAUUAUAACAUCUCAGAGAAUCAUGUCGGCUCAAUUUAGCAACACAUAUACUUCCAUGCAAUGUAAAGACAAAACAUCCAUAGUAUUUGAUGAGUGGUUGGACUAUGUAUUUAUGUUAAUAAGUGAGGAUAACAUUGAUGAUUUGCAUAGAGAGCUAAUGGAUUGCAAAACAUUGGUACAACAUAUUUGUGGACAAAAUAUUGGCCUCCUACAUUCAUCUGUUUAUCAAGACUGGUUGUCAGUUCUUAUUGAGAGCAGAGGGAAAGGUGAUUCAAUACCAGGAGCAAGUGGUAUUAUUGGUGAGAGUGGUGCCACAACAGCAGCACUAAAUGCGCUCAAAACAAUUUCUAAGGACCUUAGAACAUCACCACAUCCCCAUUAUCACCUUAUGUUAUAUGUUGGUGAUAAAAUGCUUGCGUUAUAUUCAAGUCGUGGCUCUGAUGAUUUGAUGCCUCCAGAUCUCAUUUUAUUAAGCAUUCAAUGCAUAGCUGCUCAAGAGUAUUGGAAUGAGCUGAGAAAAAUUGAUGAAAACAUUCGGAAUGUGAGAUUGCCAUGGUUGUCUGAAGAGAACAGUGCUAUUGUAAACCUUUGUGCUGGAAUUGGUGGUAACCCCUGUGCACCACACUCUUUGCAUCUGGUGGAAGUCGCCCCUCGCAUUGUAUUUGCUGUGCUCAUCGAUAUGGAUUUGAGAGAAGUUGGUAUUGCUGUGCAUUCGUCAAGUCAAAUAUUGACGAAUUUGAGGAAAAUUCUACUACAAAGAGACUUGGAAAUGUUACCUAAUUCUUUAGAUGCCUUCGAAGCUGCACUCAAAAAGACAACAGACGCGCUUCGGAAAAGCAAAUGUGGCUCGGCUCUUUCCGCUCGACUUACAAGUAGGAUGUCGGAACUGAGGAAGUCUUGUACAACAACAACCCCACUUACUCCAGAAACGACAGCCAUCGCCAUGCAUACAGCAUUGGAAGCAGUUAUAGAGAUAUUGAAGCCAGACAUCCCGAGCCUAAAAAUGCAACAAGCUUUAAAGGACCUCCAGGAAUUGCUAGCGCCGUAUGUUGACUUUCUUCAAGUGAAGGCUAAGAGAUACUUCAGUUUGGGAUCUGGUGUGAUUGAGGGUGCUAGUAGUGGUAGUUCCCUAACGCUGCACAAGUAUGUGGAAGAGUUUCCGGGGCUGAUACACUUUAUAUACAUAGACCGAACUACUGGCCGAUUCCUCGCACCGGAUAUGGCUGACUGUGUGGACAUGUUGACACCCGAUACGAUCCGUAUUAUAAUGCGUCGCGUGAUGUUCUCGCUGCGGGAGGGCUACGGAGCGGCAACAUGGCGUCGCGGUGCGCUCCACGUGUGCGCCGUGCAGUGGUGGGAGCGACGAGGACAACCCACGCGGCCCGCUCCUCACCACCCCGCUGCACUGCGCGCGUUACCUCCGCCGGGAGACAUUCUGUCCGCCUUCUACAGGCAGCUACUCGACCUGGCAUUCCCGAACGACAGUCAAGGAGUCAACAUCAAAGAGCUAGUUUGCAUACACCUAGGGUUGCUACCAGCGUCCACUGCGGUACAACAAGCUCGGAGACUGGCGCAUUCCGUCUACGAAUUAGCUGGCGAGAACCCCGCGAUCGCUUCAGACUUACUUUAAAGCUUUAUAUAGGAGCAAGAAAUCCGAUGGACACGAAGAUGCCACAUAUUCUGCCCAUAUUAGUGGCAAUAUGAUCUAAGACAGUCGUAACGAAUUAUAAAAUGACUGUAGCUAACCGCGCUAUGACAGCUUAGACAUUUUAUUUUAUAGGGCUGUCAACAGAUUAGAUAUUUUUAUCUUAAACUACUUUAACUUCUUGACUAAAGUGUAAACUCAUUAAAGACAAACUCAACAUGUGAAAUGUAAUGUGUUGUUUAAACAAUUAAAUGGUACUUAAUUAUUUAAAUAAUAAUUAUAAUUUACAAUUUAGGUAUGUGCAACAAACAACCAGUGGGAGGCUCCCUUGCACAGGUUGCCGGAUAGAUUAUGGGUACCACAACAGCGCCUAUGUCUGCCGUGAAGCAGUAAUGUGUAAACAUUGCUGUGUUUUAGCCUGAAGGGCGCCAUAGCUAGUGAAAUUACUGGGCAAAUGAGACUUAACAUCUUAUGUUUCAAGGUGACGAGCGCAAGUGCAGUUCCGCUCAGAAUUAGUGGGUUUUUCAAGAAUCCUGAGCGGCACUGCAUUGUAAUGGGCAUGACGUAUCGAUUACCAUCAGCUGAUCGACCUGCUUGUGUCGUCCCUUAUUUUUAUAUAUAAAAAAAAACAUAACGAUGUUAUAGAUAAGAAUAUUAUGUUAUUACAGCCACAAAGAAGGAAGAAACUGACUUAUUUUGCAUGUACUCUGAACCUGCUCAUGUUUAGCAAGAUUUAAAAUUAACUCUUAGCUAAAAACCAAAUAAAAAAAUAAGAGUUUCGAUAAUUUUUAUGUAGUUUACAUGUCUUCCCUUUUUUGGUAAGGUCGCAGUAUUAUACAAUUGUCACAUUCCAUUAUAUUAUUUAAUUUAGUUUGUAAGUAUUACAACGUGUAGAACCCUAAGAAAACGAAAGUAAAAAAGAAACUUUCUGUUGCAGAUAUAUCAAAAAAAUAUUAAUUAUUAAAAUAACACCGAAUUCUUGUGACUGAAUGAAUGUAAAUGAAAAAAGUCAGUUCGGAGGUAUCACUUCUAACUGAAUUUUCUUUCACUCACAUUUUAAGCUUAAAUGUAGGUAAAUAUAAGAUAUGUGUUGCUAGUCAUCAAUAAAAGAAAAAAUAAUAAUAUAAAUAUGUAUUCAA